CGUACUUACUCAUUCGACGUUGUUAGCUCGGACGAGACGGUCGCUGCCUCUCGUCUUAUCGCGCGUGUUGUGUCCUAAAGUGUUGUGGCCGCUGCGCUGAAGCGCCUCCUUCAUCUCGCAGAUUCGGGCAGCGCCCGGCCGCAUCGCGGCCUGUGAAGUUUUUUGUUUUUUAUUCACGUCAUUUUUGAUUUUAUUUCCUUGAAAGUGACAAAAGUGAUUUGUGAAGUGCUGAGUGACUGUGUCAACAUGAUGUUACCCGUACUCACCGCCCUCGUGGCUCUGCUCUCUAUAGGAGCAGUGCACUGCGAGGAUGAAACUAUCGGACCUAUAUUCAUGAAGGAACCCCCGAACCGAGUAGACUUUAGCAACACGACCGGCGCCGUAGUUGAAUGUGCUGCACGAGGAUCCCCCACCCCUGACGUUAUCUGGGUGAGAGCUGAUGGUACCGCUGUUGGAGACGUACCCGGAUUGCGACAGGUUUUGCCGAAUGGAAACCUCGUAUUCCCACCUUUCCGUGCGGAGGACUAUCGUCAGGAAGUACAUGCUCAAGUGUAUGCUUGUCUGGCAAGGAACCCUGUCGGCACCAUUCAUUCCCGUGACGUUAAUGUGCGAGCUGUUGUUGCCCAGCGUUACGACACUGAUGUCAACAAGGAGUAUGUCAUUAUGGGUAACAGCAUCAUACUCAAGUGCCAGGUCCCAUCCUUCGUAGCAGACUUCAUCGACGUUCUCUCAUGGCAUACCGAUGAAAACGAGGACUUUUAUCCGGGAGAAAAUUACGAGGGGAAAUACCUAGUACUUCCAUCUGGUGAAUUACAUAUCCGUGAUGUUGGCCCUGAGGAUGGUUACAAAUCUUACCAAUGCCGCACUAAGCAUAGACUUACUGGAGAAACUCGAUUAUCCGCUACUAAGGGACGAUUAGUUAUCACAGAACCCGUUGGCUCUAAAUCGCCUACAUUUUCUAACGAUGUUCAAUUCUCUGGAAUAACUCGUAAGACCGGUCAGGACUUUGCACUCUUGUGCCAGGCUCAAGCGUAUCCCGUUCCCAUAUUCAGAUGGUACAAGUUCAUCGACGGCACAACAAGGAAGCAGCCCGUUGUACUAAACGACAGAGUGAAGCAGGUCUCUGGAACUCUUAUCAUUAAAGAGGCUAAAGUGGAGGAUUCCGGAAAAUACUUGUGCGUUGUCAAUAACUCUGUCGGUGGUGAAUCUGUUGAAACUGUUCUGACUGUGACCGCUCCUCUCAAGGCAACGGUAGAACCUGCUACUCAAACAGUCGAUUUCGGCAGACCCGCUGUCUUUACUUGCCGCUACGAGGGCAAUCCCAUUAAGACUGUGACAUGGCUCAAAGACGGCAAGGAUAUGAAUCAUCAUGACGCUAUCCUAAGAAUUGAAUCUGUUAAGAAAGAGGACAAGGGCAUGUACCAGUGCUUCAUCAGGAACGACCAGGAAAGCGCCGGCGCCAGCGCUGAACUCAAACUCGGAGGACGAUUCGAACCGCCUCUAAUCCGUCACAGCUUCGGUGAACAAACUCUACGCUCCGGCCCACCCCUGCGAUUGAAGUGCGUCGCAUCCGGCAACCCCACCCCCGACAUCUCCUGGCUGCUCGACGGCGAUAAGCUGAGCAGCGGCGAGCGUCUGCAGAUCGGACAGUUCGUCACCGCCGAUGGCAACGUCGAGUCACACCUCAACAUCUCCUCCGUACACACCAAUGACGGCGGCUUGUACUCCUGUAUCGCGUCCAGCAAGGUCGGUAGCGCAUCUCACGCGGCUCGCGUCAACGUGUACGGCUUGCCCUACGUCAGACCCAUGAAGAAGCGGCCCGUCGUCGCCGGAGACACGCUCAUCGCGCACUGCCCCGUCGCCGGAUACCCCAUUGAGUCCAUCGUCUGGGAACGUGACAACCGUGUACUGCCCAUCAACCGUAAACAGAAGGUGUAUCCUAACGGCACCCUUGUGAUCGAGAAUGUGGAGCGCAUGAGUGACCAGGCCACCUACACCUGCGUCGCCAAGAACUCGCAGAGUUACACCGCAAAGGGAACUUUGGAAUUGCAAGUUAUGGUGCCGCCUCAGAUUUUACCGUUCGAAUUCGGCGAUGAGCCGGCGAAUGCGGGCGAGUUGGCCUCCGUCACAUGCGCAGUCAACAAGGGCGACCAGCCUCUCGACAUCUCCUGGACCCUCAACGGACACGCCCUGCGUAGGAACAACGACCUCGGGGUCACCAUCACUAACAUCAAUAAAAAGACCUCCAUACUUAAUAUCGAUUCCGUGAGCGCCAUCCAUCGUGGCCUAUAUUACUGCGUGGCCAAAAAUGUAGCCGGCGCCGCAAACCACAGCGCUGUACUUGAAGUGAACGUUCCUCCACGUUGGAUUCUUGAGCCCACUGACAAAGCUUUCGCUCAAGGCUCUGAUGCUAAAGUCGAAUGUAAAGCCGAUGGCUUCCCCAAGCCUCAAGUGACAUGGAAGAGGGCAGAAGGGGAUACGCCUGGCGAUUACAAAGAUCUUAAACCCAACAAUCCUAAUGUAAAAGUUGAGGACGGAACAUUGAGCAUUAACAAUAUUCAAAAGACAAACGAAGGUUACUAUCUCUGUGAAGCCGUCAAUGGAAUUGGAUCCGGUCUUUCCGCUGUUAUUCUGAUCAGUGUACAGGCACCUCCUCAAUUCGAAAUUAAAAUGAGAAACCAAACUGCGCGCCGAAGCGAACCAGCCGUUCUGCAAUGCCAAGCUAAAGGUGAAAAGCCCAUUGGAAUCAUCUGGAACAUGAACAACAAACGCUUGGAACCGAAAUCCGACCCCCGCUAUACGAUCCGCGAAGAGAUUCUGCCCGGAGGAGUAGUCUCUGACCUAAGCAUCCGACGCACUGAAAGAUCCGACAGCGCCCUCUUUACUUGCGUAGCAACCAAUGCCUUUGGAUCCGAUGAUACCAGCAUCAAUAUGAUUAUCCAAGAGGUACCCGAAGCUCCAUAUGGCUUGAAAGUACUCGACAAAUCUGGCAGAACCGUACAGCUGUCUUGGGCCGCGCCUUACGAUGGCAACUCUCCCAUUAAGAAAUUCCUCAUUGAAUACAAAAGGGCUAAGGGCAACUGGGAAAAGGAUAUCGACAGAGUGCUCGUCCCCGGCGACGCCACCGAAGCUGGUGUAUUUAGCCUCCGCCCCGCAACUGCCUACCACAUCAGGAUCGUAGCUGAGAACGAAUUGGGAACCUCUGAGCCGUCCGAGACCGUCACUAUCAUAACCGCGGAAGAAGCGCCCACUGGCAUGCCUCAAGAUGUUAAAGUCGAUGCUGUUGACAAACACACACUACGAGUUACAUGGAAACCUCCCCCACCUCAGGACUGGAAUGGUGAACUCCAAGGAUACUACGUAGGCUACAAACUGGCUUCCAGCAACAAAUCGUUCGUGUUUGAGACCGUCGACAUCUCUAAGGAAUCUGGCAAGGAGCAUCAUCUCGACAUUUUGAAUCUGAAGACCUACACUCAAUACGCGAUCGUGGUACAAGUAUUCAACAAGAUGGGGUCUGGACCGGUGUCCGGUGAGGUCCGCGCCUACACCGCCGAAGGUGCCCCCUCCGCGCCUCCUCAAGACGUCCUCUGCACCACUCUCACCGCACAGACCAUCCGCGUCUCCUGGGUCUCCCCGCCUCUCGCCGCCGCUAACGGACUCAUCAAAGGCUACAAAGUUAUCUAUGGACCUAGUGACACUUGGUAUGAUGAGAAAUCGAAGGACACAAAGAUCACAGCGAGCAGUGAGACCAUUUUGCACGGACUGAAGAAAUUCACCAACUACUCGAUGGAAGUGCUGGCGACCACCAACGGCGGCGACGGCGUCCGCUCCGCACCCAUACACUGCCAGACUGAACAAGAUGUUCCCGAAGCACCCCGCGCUGUAAAAGCCCUGGUUAUGGGAGCCGACUCUAUCCUGGUGUCAUGGCGGCCGCCCGCGCAGCCCAACGGCGUCGUUACACACUACAACGUCUACACACAAGCACAGAACACAGAACCUCAUCCAAAUAAGGUACCAGCUUCUCAAACGAGCUACUCCGCAACAGAACUGAAGCCCGGCCGCUACGACUUCUGGGUGACGGCUUCCACCAUCAUCGGAGAAGGUCAACCCUCAGCCACCGCAUCCUGCAGCCCCAACGACAAAGUUCCCGCUAAGAUCGCGUCAUUCGACGAAUCAUUCACUGCUACGUACAAGGAAGACGUCAAACUGCCCUGCCUCGCCGUCGGUGUGCCCUCGCCUAACAUCAUCUGGAAGGUAAAAGGUCAGCCUCUGGAGAGUUCUGAGCGCGUACGUCAGCUGCCGGAGGGUUCUCUGCAGAUCGCGGGCGUGGCGCGAGAGGACGCCGGCGAGUACUCCUGCCACGUCGACAACCAGUUCGGCACCGACACUGUCACACACACGCUCUCCGUACUCGCGCCGCCGUUCCCGCCGCAGCUGAGCAUCGCGUCCUCCUCCGUGUCGUCUCUGACUCUGCGCCUCAAGCCCUCGCUGGAGGCCGAGCAGUCUCCCGCAGCCGGGUACACCAUUCACUACAAACAGGAAUUCGGCGACUGGGAAACUGUACAGAUUCCUAGCAACACAGAUACGUACACUUUAGAGAACUUGUUCUGCGGAUCCAGAUAUCAGCUUUACGUCACUGCUUACAAUGGUAUCGGCACUGGCGAGGCGUCUGACGUAGUGAUAGCUCGCACGCGGGGCUCCAAGCCGCCAGUGCCGCGCGCCGCCGACUUCAUCGAGGUCGGCAGCUCCUCCGUCACUCUGCAUCUCAAGCAGUGGCUGGACGGCGGCUGCCCCAUGAGCCACUUCGUCGUUGAGAACAAAAAGAAGGGAGCCGCUGAAUGGAACCAAAUUUCCAAUGCCGUGAAGCCCGGAGGCAAUUUCGUUGUGCUCGACCUGGAACCCGCAACUUGGUAUGUACUGAGGAUCACCGCACACAACAAUGCCGGAUUCAACGUCGCCGAAUACGAAUUCGCUACUCUCACCAUGACCGGAGGUACGAUCGCUCCCGCGCGCGACGUCAACGACGGCAACCUCACCACCGAACAGACCAUCAAGAUCAUCCUGUCACAUCUGAAUCUUAUCGUGCCCGUGGUCGCGGCCAUCCUCGUCAUUAUCAUAGCCAUCGUUGUCGUGUGCGUGGUGCGCGGCGCCAGGGACCACCACCACAAAGACGACGCAGUGUACAACGCAUCGCAAGCCGCGCUGGGCGGAGGCGCGGGCACACUGGACAAGCGCGGCGGACUGCGCGACGAGCUCGGCUACAUCGCGCCGCCCAACAGGAAGCUGCCUCCCGUACCCGGCUCCAACUACAAUACCUGCGACCGUGUUAAACGUCAAGCUGUCAUCAUGGGCGCGCAUUCCACCUGGGACCCGCGCAGGCACCACUACGAGCGCGUGCGCAGACCGCGCCUGCGUCGUACCGGCUCCGGCGACACCAUCUCUACAGGUAUGGAAGACGAGAUCUGCCCCUACGCUACUUUCCAUCUGCUGGGUUUCCGUGAAGAGAUGGACCCGAGCAAGGCGCUGGCCUUCCCGCACCACCACCCCGGACACCCCGCGCACCCCGCACACGCCGCGCACACCCCGCACGCCGGCACCCUCGCGCACCCGCACCCGCAUCACCCCGCACACUCGCGCGCUGGAUCUCAGAGCAUGCCCCGAGCCAACAGCCGCUACGCUCGCAAGAACUCGCAAGGCGGACAGAGCGCCAUCUACUCCACGGCCCCCGAGUACGACGACCCCGCCACCUGCGCUGAAGAGGAUCAAUACCGCGCCCGCUACUCUCGCCCGAUGUACGCAUGCGGUCCUGAAUACGACGAGCCUGCCUGCUGCCAGCCCGAAGACGAACAAUACACCGGCGCUUACGGCACGCCAUACUCCGACCACUACGGCUCCCGACCCAGCAUUGGAACUCGCAAAUGCGGCAGCUCCCCCGAGCCUCCCCCACCCCCUCCCCGCAACGCCAACACCGACAACAACUGCUCCUCCUCCUUCAACGAGAGCAAGGACUCCAAUGAGAUCUCCGAAGCCGAGUGCGACCAGACCCGCAACUAUCCUGUCAGGGCCCACACUGCCAAGGACGGCUUGCACAGCGAGGAAAUGAGAAAACUCAUUGACAGACCAGAAGCAAACACCCCAAUCCCCCAGCAAGCAGUCCACGGCCGAGGGGGACUCACAGCCUACGAUACUGUGGCAGUGUAACCUGUAAACCUGCGCUAAAAUCUACUGCCAAUUCAACGCGACACAUAUUGCAAUUAAUUUAAGAAAAACGAUAAC